UUUGCUGUCAAACUUCAGAAAUUCACUUUCUUGCGAAUUUCACACAACACACCGAGCGCAGCACUUUUCUUUUUAUAAAUAAAAGUGCAAUUUCUCAUAAUUCUCCGCACAUUCCCCCCUCCAAAUCGUUUCUAUCUUAAUCGUCCUCUCAAACCAGCAAAAUUCCCAAAAAACAUAAACAAUCUACAAUGAGUGAGACUGAAAAAUCUAAAUCAAAAGAAUCGCCAAGUACAUCAUCAUAUUCUUCGUCGUCAGCAUACUCAAGCAGCCAUGGUAGAGUGAGUAGCAGCAGUGGAAGGAGCGGAAGUUCAACCUCCAAAAGCUCUAGAAGUAGCUCAUCUGGUUAUGGCCUUAGUGGCGUUAGUAGUAGCUCUAGUAGCAGCAGCAGCAUGAGACAUUCAAGUAAGCAACCUCCUUUGCAACCUCCACUUCCACCGCUUGGACUCAAACAUAUGGCUCUGUCUGCCCCAUCCAGCCGACCACGACCCCAUUAUACCAGCGCGACAGCAAUUAGGAGGGCUUUUCUCAACUAUAUGAAGGAUCCCGUGUGCUUGGACAGGGCUGCAGACUACCUUUAUGAAUCGUUGCUGGAAGACGCUGUCAUGGGCAUCUAUUUGGAAGUGCAUCACUCCUACAAGAAUGGUUACAUGGAUGCUCUAGAUGGACAGGGUGAUGAUGAUGCGUCCUAUAAAAUGGUCGAAACACCAAAUUACGAUGUCUUCGGAAUGAGCAAAGCCCGCAAGCCCAUGGAUUGCAAUUGUCCAAACUGUGAUCGAUUAGUAGCUGCCAUCAGAUUCGCACCGCAUCUUGAAAAAUGCAUGGGAAUGGGAAGAAAAACAUCUCGCACAGCCAGCCGAAGGCUUGCCAACGCCAAAGAAGGCAACGCCAGCUAUUUUUCAUCAAUCGUCAGCGAUGAUGAAGACGACGCAGAUUGGUCAUCUGAAAAGCGACGAAAGAAAAUCCAACCAUCUCGAACAAAUGGUUCAAAGAAGAAUGGCAAAUCUUCCUAAUUUAACUUUAUUAUCAUUAGGUUAAUCAAGAACAAACAAAAAACAAAAAUAAAACACUAGAAUUAAUUUAUGUUUCGGGAGGCACUUCACACUUUUGUUGGCUUUUUAAUGUACAACAAAGAGUUUCAAUUGAAAAAGUGUGUUAAGUGCUUCAUUCUAAUAAGAAAUAUAUAUUUAUGUUUUUUUUUAUUAUUUUUAAAUAUUCUUUUUUGAACUUUAGCUUGAAAUUAUAUAUUUAUUUAAUUAAAACAAAAAACACAAGAGAACAAAAGUCAUAUUUCGUAAAACUACCAGAAAUUAAUUGUAAUUUUGACUACAUACAUAACAUUAAACAAAAUAUAAACAAAAAUAUAUUUACUUAUAAUUAUUAUUAUAUAGCUCGUGAUAUAAUGGUAAUAUUGUGUUCAAUACAGCCAACACUUCAGACCUCUUAAACAAAAAGAAACUUAGUUAUUAAAAAACAAGACAAAACAAUAGAAAGAAUAACAAAACAAUAUUUGCUUUAAAAGAAACAUACAAAUAAAUUGAAAAAGAAUAAGAACCUUGAAUAAAUGCCUUAUGCAUAAUAAUCAUUAAAAUAUCUAUAAAAAUAGUACCUUAAACUAUUUCUUUUUAGAAAUUUAAACUUUUUUAAAUUAUUAUUUCUUUUUUUGUUAUUUUAAUUCAUUUUCAUGAUAAAAUUAUGUAUAUACCAGUUAAGGAAUAAACAUGACGGUAUUAAUAUCCAA